AUGUCAACUAAUUACCGUAGCACAAAUCGACGAACUGCGUCAACUCCAAUAUCUGUAAAGCCAACUAUUGUUGAUAAGUUUAUGGAGCGGGUCCAAUUAGACAUACAUCGUCCACGCCAGUGGGCAGAAGCGUUGACAGAUAAUAAGGCCAUAGACGUGGCAAGAUUUUUGUUUAAAAUAUUCACGCAGUUUGGUCCACCAGAAUUCUUACAAUCUAAUAACAAAAAAGAAUUUGUCGCAGCAAUCCUUCAUGAAUUCCAACAAUUAUGA